GCAUAGUGCUAUCGAUAGUUGGAUUGUACACAACACUAGCCUGGCUUGAAGAGAACGCUCUUUUUUUUCUUGUAAAAAAGAAGAUUUGGCCAAACUAUAAAUCAUAAACAUAAUUGAACAUUGCCAUGUCCGAAAAUAAUGAAGCGUCGGUUGAAGCCAACUGCUUCAGAGGUGGCUUUACAUUGAAGGCGUCGCGUUUAGGCGGCGCCGUGCUGCGUCCGGCUGUGCUCGCCGAUUCCGCCGUAUUGGCCACGGCUCACACCAAUACCAAUACCACCAACAAUGCCAACAACAACAACAAUAGCGCCACAACGUUAGCGAAGACUGAGGAGACAGAGGAAACCAUUGCGGGUAAUCCCUUCUUGCGGGAAGAGGAAGAUGAAGCCAACGUUGACGCUGCUGUCGCUGCCGACGUCGCUGCUGACGCCGCUGCUGCGCCCGCUUUGGUGGAAUCCUCCUCCACAGCGAAAUCGGAUGAUAAAGCGGAUGAAGAGUUUGAUGAGCGGCCGGACCCGUUGUCAAUGCUACGUAACAAUGGCACCAACAUCUUUGCCGCCUCCAAGACCAAUUUGCCGCGUGUUCAAACCAGUGGCUUCAUCUUUGGCCAGAAUGUGCACGAGCGUGUAGUAGGAGAGAACCUAAGCACAGAAACGGCUGCAGAGGCAGCUGGAGGCGUAUCGGGUGCUGCAACGGAAGCAUCCUCCACAUCCUCGCAGCUGCUCUUUUCCAGCGUCAUCCAACAGGCAGCGCAGUCGACAGACAAGGACAACAACAAGGACAACAAGGACAAUUCGGAGGCCAAGAGUCUUAAUGAUGUGGCACGCGAAUAUGAAGAGAGUCGCGCCCAGAAACGUAAAUACGAGGAGGUGGAAACGUUUACGGGCGAAGAGAAUGAAUUGAAUAUAGCCGAUGUCAGUUGCAAGCUGUUUGCCUUUGUCAACAGCAACUGGGAGGAGCGUGGGCGUGGCAGUCUGCGUCUAAAUGAUGCCAAGGAUGAGCAGGAUUGCUCACGCGUUGUCUUCCGCACCUCGGGCAAUCUGAGACUUGUCCUAAACACUAAAGUCUGGGCGGCCAUGGUGGCGGAACGUGCCAGCCAGAAAUCGUUGCGUUUGACGGCCAUGGAUAAUACGGGCACGGUGAAAAUCUUCUUGGCCAUGGGUCGACCGGCGGACAUUGCUCAGGUGCAUAAGGCGUUGAGUGAGCGGAUUGCCAAACGCAAGCAAACACAUCCCGAUGAAGCCACUGUGGUGGAGUCCAAAAAUGGCAUUUCCACGGAUUCUACGUGUGCGGCCAGUGUGCAGCCGGAGUCCACAACCCACGAUGACGAGGAUGUGGAUGAUGGCGUCAUUGUGGAGUCAUUACCAAUUGCGGCUCCAGCUGCUCCAACUGCUGCCAUUGCGGAGGCGGACAGCAAUGAGCCGAGUUCCAAAAAGGCGCUGAUGCAGGCGGACAGCAGUGUCGAUAUUCAUGUGGAUGUCAAUCUUCCAGAGACAUCGGAAGACACUGCCGAGGCAGAGCCCAAGGCAACCAAGGAGGAGGAGCAAGCUUAAGAUUCAAUUGUUGUUCGUUUCUUCCCCUUUCAUUAUUAUUAUUAUUUUUUGAAGGAAAACAAAAUGAAAACAUGAAAAAAAAGAAACCAACAUCUAUUAAACUAAAUAAAAAAACA